AUGUCAGACCCGGCGCAUCCACCUACACGCUCGGACGUUGCUGAGCGCGCGGAGCAUCUCGACGAUAGUGCUCACAGCGCUGACGUUGGACAACCAGCGCUUCCACCGGCCGCUUUGCUGCCUCUAGAUGUCCCUCCUCCACCGAGAAGACCCACCAACCGUCAAGAUGCGCUCAUGGACGAUGCCUUGCGCUCACUGCCCCCCGCUGCUGAGCGCCACACGCAACGCCAACGCUCUCCAGCUACAGUGCUCUCCAUGUUCAACACCUCCAUCUUCGAUGCCGGCUCGGCACCUGCACAAGCUGGCCCUUCCACCUUCGCCUACCCUCCCUCUUCUUCCGCUCCGGCGCCGCUGCAUCGCACAGCCACGGUAGCGAGUGCCACUAGUGCCGGCUCCAUCGGCUCCGACUCUCAAAACUCUGCUCAUCGCUCCAGGGCCAAUGCGCUGAAAGCUGCUUUCACCAGAGUCGCCAGCUUUGCCGCUCCUUCCAGUCCCACGCAGAUCGCCACCCCCACCUCACCCAAACGCAAGGCUCGACCUUCCCCCAUGUUCCACGUAUCUUCUGUUCAGAAGACCAAGGAAGCGCGUCGGGAAGCUCGACGAGAGGCCAGGAGGACUGAAAAGAGAGCUCGCCGCGAGCGUAACCUCGAACCCGACCUCGCCGACGACGAACGAGAGCGCACCGAGUCCACACGCGCCGCACAGCUCGGUGGCGAGAUUGUUGAACUGCCGGCAGAGCCACCGCUCGAUGUCCCCGAAGCCAAUGCGCCCACAGCAACUGCGCUUGCCAUGGCCUCCAAGGUUGGUCGCAAGCCUAGACGCAAGCUCCAGUUCGCCCCGGAUCAGAGACGUAUCCGCAAAGUCGACUUGCCUCCCAGCUUCGAGGCCGAGGAUACCUAUCGAAAUUUGGACGAGUACGUCUCUGCGUCUCGCGAGCGUCGCAGGACGCAACGAGGCCGUCGGGGACCUGGCUCACGUCGUCGCGGCUCUCGCAGCAGCCGUGGAAGUCGCAGCUCCGCCCUCGGCAGCGCAGCUUCUAACAGCUCGAGCAGUUCAGCCUCCUCUUCCUCUUCUUCCACGUCUUCGAGCGGCUCUUCCAGCUCCUCCAGCUCAGGUCGUGGUAUCACGAUUGCCCGCUUGCGAGCCUUCUUCGGAGAUGGUUCCAGCUCUUCGUCAAGCUCUGAUUCCGACGAUUCAUCUUCUGGCUCGUCUUCUACCUCCUCCUCCUCAUCCACAUCAGCCCAAAUCGAGUCCACCACAACUGAUGGAACACGCUCGCGACGCUCUUCGGCUCGCCGUCUAUCCAUCUCCAACAUGCGCGCUAAGUCACGCCGCAGCACUCGAACACGUUCGCGUGCCGAUCAAUCCGAGGCGAGCGACGUCCCUGGGUCGCCCGUGUCCAGCCGCAAGGGUCCUCUUACGCCCUACUUUGCUCCCUUGGCCGACUUCCCGCUCGGUAAGAAGGCUACGGAGAGGCGUCAAAACAAGAAAGCCCGACAGGCUGCCAGACGAGCAAAGAAGCGCGAGGCCGAGCUCAUCCGACAAGGACGUUUGCCGCCCAAGCCGAGCCGCAGCGCUCGCGCGAAAGCCAUGCGUGCCAAAGAGCUGGCAGGUGGGGUCACCGAGUAUCAACUCUUCACUCCAAUGCGACUGCCCAUGGAUCUAGCCUGUACCACGCUGUCGACGCUGGAAAGCACGCCUGAGGCGCAGGUGGGCUCUUCGGUGGUACUCAAAAGGACCAUGAGGACACAAAGCUGGGAUCUCGUCCGCAACCAGCUCUAUGUGAUGCGCAACUAUCUUCGUCAAGUCGACGGCCAAGGCGGUGAUCUCGGCCUUGACGCUCAAGCCGCUUAUCCGACGCUGCAUCGACACCACCGACAUACAGCCAGAGCGGCAGCCGACAAAGCCUCCCAUCGUCGCCACAAGAGGCCUGUCGCAGAGGACGUCGAGACGUCGCAGCCAUAUCAAAGGACUCCCGUCCCCAAUGCGGUGCCGGAAGCGUCGCAAGAGGAGCUCGACUUUUUCGACGGCGAUCUCGCUCUGCCACCACCUGCUCUCGACUUGCCAGACGACGAUGACGCAGUACAGCCGCCUCUUGUCGCUUCUGACGCCCGACAGUCUGCACCUGCUUCCGCCUCGCAGCUAGACUGGUCAAGUAGCUCUCCUCGUCGUUCGUCGUUUGCCUUUGACGGCCACCUUCCUGCGGACCAAGAGGAGGAGACGCGCACCGGGCGACACCUUUCUGACAUGCCACUAAGCCCCAACUACGCCACCGUGUUCGGCAGGGAUUUUGGUCGUACUGCACGCAUGCUGCCGGGUAAGAAGAGGGGAGGGAAAGCGGCUGCUGUCGCCACGAGCUCGCACCCCUCAUCAGUCGGGAAAGAGGGCAGUCAGACGAGCGCCGGUGGGACCCCACCAGAUAGCAAGUCCGCUGUGUCUGCGACGAACCCCGAUCAAUCCGACGAAGGUGCAUGGUGGCUUCACGUGCACUGCCCGACCUACAGGGACAUGCACGAGAUUUCCAAGCUGUUCCCCAUGCAUCCGCUCACGGUUGAGGACGUUCUACAGCAGGACCCACGCGAAAAAGUCGACGUCUUCGAUCGGCUCGGAUACUACUUUGUUGUUGUCCGGGCCAUUGACGAGCGUUACUUUCGAUACACCUCUACGUCCUCCAAAGGCUCUCCUGGUUCACCUAGCUUCUCUGGUUCCGGCUCUUCCUCCACUGCCACCGUGCACGGCGAUACCGAAGCGAAGGCCAGCAACGGCCAAGACGACGAACAGGAUUCGAAGGAAGCGGGUAUCGAAAUGCGUGAUCUCGGUGACAAGGCAAAAUUGGAUGAUCGCGCACCGCAUUCGAGACCAGACCAGGACAACGGUCAUAACACACGCUUGGCGGCUCCAGCUCGAAUGGGCAAAGGCCGCGUAGAGAUUGUCGAGGGUAUCGGCGGCAAGGAAGGUCUCGAAGGUGUCAGUGUCGGAGGCAACAACCUCUACCUUUUGGUGUUCUCGCACGGUGUCAUCUCUUUCGCCUUCGAAGACGUGAGCAAGCACGUUGACCGUGUUGCUGCGCGGCUCUUGGAGAUCACACGACCCGUCGAGCUGACGGCCGAUUGGAUCGCGCACGAUCUGUACGACUCGGUUGUCGAUGCGUUUUUCCCGCUCAUCUCGUUCGUACAGACCGAAGUAGUCGAGGUUGAGGCGCUUGCAAGCGAGCCUAUUACUAGCAAAAUCAGGGGCAAGAAGACCAACUUUGCGCCCAAGCAACGACGCCAGAGGGCCUUGCUCGGGUCCAAUCCGCAAGGCCGACUGAUCAGCGUCGAACCUGUUUCUUCCAUAUCGUCGCCCAUGUCUGCCGAGGUGGAGAAGAGGACGCCGAUGCUCGAAGUGCGUCGGCUCAAGACGAUGCGCGCGUUCCGUCCCUUGCCCGUGCUGUAUCUCGGCGACCGCAUCCUGGACCGCUUGCCUCACUUUCUUGUCAAGCAGAAGCAGAAAGUGACCAUCUCGCGCUUGCCCGAAUGGGAGUUCAAGGAUGCCCUCGAAGCCGAAAUGCGACGAACAGCCGCCGAGAUCGACGAAGCGAGCAACUCUGUGUUCGACACACAGGCCGCGGCGGAUCAGAGCAUCAUGCUACACCGAAUCGCCGACACGCGCAAGAUCGUCACGGGCCUGUCUCGACUGCUGGCGCCCAAGAACGAUGCGGUCAAAGGGCUGAGGAAGCGGCUGUCAGACAUGCAGCAGCUGCAUCGGCGCGAAGAGGCGCUUCGACGCAUCGGACGAAACGCACGCAGCAUGCUGGCGCGCACAGAAGUGUCCAUGUACAUGUCCGACGUGCACGACCACAUCAUCUCGAUGCUCAACCAGCUCAAUUCGGGCGAAGGCCGCCUCUCGGAGAUCCACCACACGUACCUCGCGCAGAUCACCAUCGAGAACAGGCGCUUCCGCCAGGGAGCCGAUUCGGCCAUUUUGGCGCUGGGCAGCGUGGCUACCACCGUGCUGAUCAUCGUUUUUAUCACGUCGCUCUUUUCGCUCAAUGUGGACAGGCCAGGGAAUGAGCUGGAGAGCAGUCAGCAUGCGUGGUUUAUCGGGAUCGUGGGCGUGGCGCUGUUGGUGCCACCGUCCAUUUAUACGUAUGUGCGGUGGCUGUACAAGCAGAGUAAGAGCAGGACUGCGAAGCGUCGUGCGGCUCGUUAG